AUGCGCCUGGGACAGGCUUGCGACCUCACCGCCAUUCACGUCUCCUAUCAUAACAGCGGUAGACCGAAGAGCCCACCAAUCUACUGGGGUAUUUCGAGGGCGCGAACAGGGUUGAAACCAUUCUGGCGGUUUUUGCAAUCCAAUACUACAUACUCCGUACACACUUUACCACUCAAAGCGCUACAAGGAGGCCAAAACACGGUCUGGAACAUUUCGAAAUUCGUUCUAGUCUUUGGCGACGUCCGUGGAACUACUGCAUUACUUGGUAUCACAACAGAUUGCUCUGCCGUCAAUCCCGCGCCGGUUCAUUUAUUUACACCCGCUCAAGUCGUUGCCUUGUCAAGGACCGCGAAAUUUCGCGCUAGUGCCGCCUGGCCGAGAAGCUACGAAUUCGAAACACGAAUAGAGCAUGGAAUAUUGGGCCUCCAUGCUUCAUCUGUCCUUUGCCUUUGGCACAGAGUUACAUGGAGAAGUGGCGCAUUGAAAACUGUUUAUUCGCCCUUAGCGGGGACGCAACCUUCAGGCAGCAUCAUCAUCAAUUGA